AUGACUCUGUUUUACUCUACCGAUUGCAAGUAUUCAAGAAGUGGUCGAUUCGACGAUAUGAUGAAGAAGAUAAAGAAUCGGAUAUGUAUGGGGCUUCUUAACUCAGUCCUUUUAUCUAUUGCUUGCUCUGAUAAAAACCUAGUGAUGGUGGUGGAGAAUGAGACUUAUGUUGAAGAAUGGAGAAGUUUGGUUUAUUUCUCUUUUCAGUUUUACUUUUCUUCUAAAAAUAAUGACUUGUUUGGAAGCCAAUUCCAAGAAGUUGAAGCAGAUAUACAAGUUGCCAUCAUUUCUAGGAAGGCAUCUAAAGAAGUUGUUUCUCAAAUUCCUACUUCUGCCGAUAAGGAUGAGGAGAAGACAAAGUCAAAUGUCGAAAUUACCCAUGUUAAUGAGGAGACUAAUCCAACUUCACCAUCCUUCUUCCCCAACAAAUCUUCUUCCCCAACGUUCUUAAGUGUUCUUCCCCAACGACUAUUAUCUUCCAUUUCUCCUUUCCUGACUUGCAAUCGAACAAUGGUGGUUUGUUUUUGUGGAAAGCUUGCUUUGGUGAAAACGUCUUGGACACCACUGAAUCCCGGCAGGAGGUUUUAUGCUUGCCCUACUAAGGAUUCUGUUUGUGGGUUUAUCGGGUGGGUUGACCCACCUAUUUGUGCUAGGAGUAAAACCAUCAUACCUGGUCUUCUAAGAAACAUAAAUACAUUGGAGGAAAGAUGUAAUGGGCUGGUAAGAAGUAUCAACAUGUUACAGGAACAGUGCAAUGGACUUUUGAGCAGGAACAACAUGUUGGAGGCAAGGUGUGAUGCAUUGAAGGAUGAAGGUUUCAAGCUGAAGAUGUAUUUAUGUGCAAGUUGGUUUAUGUUUGUGAUUGUUAUCUUUAGUACUUGGUCUAUGUAA